CCCCUGACCCUGCACUCAAUAUAUUUGGUCUCCCCGGACCCUGCAUUCACUACAUCUGGUCUCCCCGGACCCUGCACUCACUACAUCUGGUCUCCCCGGACCCUGCAUUCACUACAUCUGGUCUCCCCGGACCCUGCAUUCACUACAUCUGGUCUCCCCGGACCCUGCAUUCACUACAUCUGGUCUCCCCGGACCCUGAAUUCACUACAUCUGGUCUCCCAGGACCCCGCAUUCACUAUAUCCGGUCUCCCUGGACCCUGCAUUCACUAUAUCCAGUCUACCCAGACUCUGCAUUCACUAUACCUGGUCUCCCCGGACCCUGCAUUCACUACAUCUGGUCUCCCCGGAUCAUGCAUUCACUAUAUCUGGUCUUCCUGGAUCAUGCAUUCACUAUAUCUGGUCUCCCCGGACCCUGCAUUCACUAUAUCUGGUCUCCCCAGACCCUGCAUUCAUUAUAUCUGGUCUCUCACAGACCAUGCAUUCACUAUAUCUGGUCUCCCCGGACCCUGCAUUCACUAUAUCUGGUCUCCCCGGACCCUGCAUUCACUAUAUCUGGUCUCCCCGGACCCUGCAUUCACUAUAUCUGGUCUCCCCGGACCCUGCAUUCACUAUAUCUGGUCUCCCCGGACCCUGCAUUCACUAUAUCUGGUCUCCCCGGACCCUGCAUUCACUAUAUCUGGUCUCCCCGGACCGUGCAUUCACUAUAUCUGGUCUUCCCGGACCCUGCAUUCACUAUAUCUGGUCUCCCCGGACCCUGCACUCACUAUAUCUGGUCUCCCCGGACCCUGCAUUCACUAUAUCUGGUCUUCCCGGACCCUGCAUUCACUAUAUCUGGUCUCCCCGGACCCUGCAUUCAUUAUAUCUGGUCUCCCCGGACCCUGCAUUCACUAUAUCUGGUCUCCCCAGACCCUGCAUUCACUACAUCUGGUCUUCCAGGACCCUGCAUUCACUAUAUCUGGUCUCCCCAGACCCUGCAUUCACUAUAUAUGGUCUCUCACAAUACACACAACAUGGAAAUUCAAUUAUUUUAGUAAAUCUAAAAUGCUAAACACCUUUUCUCAUCAGCAGUUAGAGCAGUCUUGU